UCGCUUUUCUAGUUAAAACAUGGCCCCCAGGGUCUUGGGGUUCCCGGCGUGCCUUGCGCUGCUCUUGGCGGGAAAGGAGACCUCCACCGGGGGUCAAAGAGCUACUGUCGUGCUCCCCUGGCAACCGUUGAAGGAAGGCGCAUGCGCAAGGGGCAAAGCUCGUGCCGCGUCGGCGUGCCGCUCUGGUCGCUGGCAGCGGACCUCACGGGUUCGGUUGAAUUAAAGAAAAUACUUUAUCAGAAGAUGGCCACUGCACAACUGAAGAGAACUUCCAUGAGUGCAUUGACAUUUCCCAAUAAGAUAUCUUCUGUGCAGCAGUCUUUGAUGUUAGUGAAGCGGCUCCUAGCAAUUUCAAUAUCCUGCAUCACGUAUUUGAGAGGCAUUUUUCCAGAAUAUGCUUAUGGAACAAGAUAUGUAGAUGAUCUUUGUGUCAAAAUUCUGAGACAAGAUAAACAUUGUCCAGGAUCCACACAGUUAGUGAAGUGGAUGCUAGGAUGCUAUGAUGCUUUAAAGAAAAAAUAUCUAAGGAUGGUUGUUCUAGCUGUAUACACCAAUCCAGAAGACCCUCAGACAAUUUCAGAAUGUUACCAAUUUAAAUUCAAGUAUACCAAUAAUGGACCAAUCAUGGACUUAUUGAGUAAAAACCAAAGCAGUGAAUCUAAUAUAUCAGCUGCCGACACCAAGAAAGCAAGUAUUGUCCUCAUUCGCAAGAUUUAUGUUCUAAUGCAAAAUCUAGAACCUUUACCUAAUGAUGUUUGUUUGACCAUGAAACUUUUUUACUACGAUGAAGUCACACCCACAGAUUACCAGCCUCCUGGUUUUAAGGAUGGUGAUUGUGAAGGAGUGAUAUUUGAAGGGGAGCCUAUGUACUUAAAUGUGGGAGAAGUCCCAACUCCUUUUCACACCUUCAGAGUCAAAGUGACUACUGAGAGAGAACGAGUGGAAAAUAUUGAUCCAUCCAUAUUAUCACCAAAACAACUAAAAACACCACUUCAGAAAAUUCUUAGCAACAAAGAUGAUGUAGAAGCUGAACAGAAGCAUUAUAUAAGUGAUGAUUGUGACAUUGAAACUAAAAUGGAAGAGCAGAAAAAACGUUCUGGAUCUUCUGAACUUGGAGAACUAAGUUUAAUUUGUGAGGAAGAUGAAAUUAUGAGAUGUGAAGAAAGUCCAGAUCUUUCAAUUUCUCAUUCUCAGGUUGAGCACUUAGUCAAUAAAACAUCUGAACUUGAUGUGUCUGAAAGCAAAACAAGAAGUGGAAAAAUCUUUCAAAAUAAAAUGGCUAAUGGAAAUCAACCAGUAAAAUCUUCUAAAGACAAGCGGAAGAGACGUGAACUCAAAUCUGGGCAAACAGUCCAUCCUCACUUUGAUUCUUCUGAUCAAAAGUCAGCACCAAAAAGAAGAAAGUUUAGUGAACCAAAGGAAUAUGCAUAAAAAAUUUUCUUCUCCAUGUUUGCAAAGUUCACUGCAACAUUUAAAGAAAACUAUGUUACUAUUUUAAGGUGUGUUUACCCUACCUCUGAAAACUUACAUGUAGUCUUGACGCAGUUAGUGAACUAAAUUUGAAUUUUUAGCUGACUUACCACAUUGUGAUCCUUAACGUUAUCUAAAACAAAUCCAAGAGAACUUUUGAAUAAAAUCAAAAGUACUAGUGUCAUAAUUAUCUACUCAGUAUUGAUCUAUCUUCCAUUUUGGUGGAUACUUUCUUUAAAAAAUAUAUUAAUUUUUAAGGCCUUCUAAAGCCAUUUUAAAGGAAAUAAUGUUUAUUUUGGUAUUAAAUUUUGGAAGGAAUUCACUUUUUCUUAUGUUAAAAAUAUACCAUUUAGCUGUGUUUGCAAUUGUUAUUAAAACAAUGUUCUUCAGUACUUUGAUACAGUGUAUUAACAAUAUGUAAUGUACAAUUAAACAUAGGUGCUUUACUUUUUUUAAAACAUUUUUUCCUGCAAGAUGAAAUGAUGACUAAGAUUUUGAAAUCUGGCAUUUUGGGGAGCAUAAAUAAAAUAUUAUCCAGCAUCUAAACUCUUUCAUGGCUUCUAACGUUU